AUGGAAGUGAAGCAGAAUAUGUCGCGAAUUUGGAAACAAAGAACGGCCGAAGCAAAAGCGCUUGCGGAGCCCCUGUCCUCCACAAUCGCACGACUUAAAACCUCCUUAACCGAGUCAAAUUCCCAAGGUCUGCUCUCAGGCUGUAGCGUGCUCUUUGCGGCAAGGCCCGACCAAACCGAACUUCUCAACCGAACGUGCUUCGGCCGCCCCAUUAUUACUGCAGAAAAGGAUAAGCAGUGGUUCCAACUGAGUCUAGAAGAAGCACUCUACUUGAGCUCCAUUUUGAAAUGCAUGAAGCUCGUUGGAGAAAAUAAAUCCACCAAAAGCGACGAAGAAUUAUGGUGUCACAUGAUGUCCAAGUAUUAUAAUUUCCCGGUUAUGUUCAAAGCAUAUUCCCAUCUCCGAAUGAAAAAUUGGGUGGUGAAAUCGGGGUCCUUGUAUGGGGUUGACUUUGUUGCCUACAGGCACCAUCCGUCCCUGGUUCAUGCUGAGUAUGCAGUUAUUGUUUUAUCGGAUGAGGGUGAAAGUAAAAACGGACGGUUAAAUUCUUGGUCCGAUUUUCACUGCACCCUUCGGCUGUGUGGUGGGGUCGUAAAGACUUUGCUGCUGCUGCAUGUGAGGAGAAUGAAUGGUGAUGGCAGGAUUUGUGUCUCAAGUUUGGAUGAUUAUAAUGUGGAGGAGAGAAUUGUGAGUAGGUGGAAUCCGGAGAAAAGCCGUGAGGGUCCAACGAGCACUAGAGAAGGAAGCUUGUGA